CAACUGAUGGAAUAAAAACGAAUACAACUCUCAAAGCUUCAGCAGUCAAAAAGAAGAAUGUAGAACAUGAAGAACACAAACGUCCAAGAAAAAGAAUGAUGAGCAAUUAUAAGAAAUCUUCUUGGAGCACGGGAAACUGGGGUGGUGGCGGCGGAGGGCAAGGAGGAGAGGGAAGCAGUUGGCAGAGCAAAUGGGGUCAGGGUGCUAGCCAGGGGAAUACGGGAAUGGGUGGUGGAGGAGGGGACAGAAGUUGGCAAAGCCAAUGGAGUUUUGGAGGUGGUGGACAGGGUGGAAAGGGAGGGGCUAGUUGUGGUCAGGGAGGGGCUGGUGGUGGUCGGGGAGGUGGGAUGAGUGGCGGGAUGGGUGGUAGGUUGGGCGGUCAAAUGGGAGGGGCUGCGGGCCAUGGUGGUGGUGGAGGAGGAGGGAUGAGUGGUGGAAUGGGUGGUGGUGGAUUUGGUGGAGGAGCGCGUGGUGGUGGUGGAGGACGAGGGAUGAGUGGUGGUAUGGGUGGUGGUGGAUUUGGUGGAGGAGCGCAUGGUGGGGGUUUUGGAGGAGGAGGGAUGAGUGGUGGAAUGGGUGGUGGUAGAUUUGGUGGAGGAGCGCAUGGUGGGGGUUUUGGAGGAGGAGGGAUGAAUGGUGGAAUGGGUGGUGAUGGAUUUGGUGGAGGAGGGCGUGGUGGUGGUGGAGGAAAAGGGAUGAAUGGUGGAAUGGGUGGUGGUGGAUUUAGUGGAGGAGCGCAUGGUGGGGGUUUUGGAGGAGGAGGGAUGA